CAUGAGGAAAAAGGCGGGAAAACGUGAGGGGAAAAAGGCGGGAAAACGUGAGGGGAAAAAGGCGGGAAAACGUGAGGGAAAGGGAGGUGAGGAGCUGAAAAAGCUGCAGAAGGUGAGAGGAAAUGGGGAACGAAAAGGGACAAAGUGGAGGGACAGGAGAGAGAAAAGGGUGAAAAAGGACCAGAAAGAGGGGAGAGGUGACAGAAAAUGGGGGCAAGAGGGGACAGAAAGGGGGGACAGAGACAGAAGGAGCAGAGGAGGCAGAAACUGGAGGAAGGAGGUGACAGAAAUGGGGAGAACCAGGAGAAAAGAGGGAAAAGGGAGAGCAGAGGGAGGGAGGAGGGUCAGAAACAGUGAAAUGUGACAGAAAACAGGGCUGAGGGUGGGCAAGGGGGGACGAAGAGGGGGACAGAAGGGGACAGCCCAGCGCCCGCUGCCAUCAUCCCCUGUGUCCCCACUGUGCCCCCACCAGAGGCCCCCAUGUUCCCCAAUGUCCCCUCCAUCUCCCUCCGUGUUCCCCCCAUAGCCCCCCAUGUUCCCCAAUGUCCCCUCCAUGUCCCUGUGUCCCCCUGUGUCCCCCCCAUGUUCCCCCAUGUCCCCUCCAUUGUUCCUGUGUCCCCCAAUGCCCCCCAAUGUCCCCCCAUGUUCUCCCAUGUUCCCCCUGUGUCCCCCAAUGCCCCCCCGUGUCCCCCAAUGUCCCCCCAGGCUGCAGCGAUGGACGUGGACCCACCCAGUGAGGAGUUCUGUGGCCGGGACUCCCCGAGACCCCCGUGUGUCCCUGUGUCCCCCCGCCCCAGGGACAAGGGGUUCCAGAGUGUUCUGGAGGGACAUGUUGUCCCCGUGUCCUGCCCAGUUCCCCCCUCAGGUCCCCCUGGGGGUGUCCCACGGCUUGAGAUGCUCCUGAAACGGAUCCACAGCCUGCAGAGCGCCCGUCAGACCAUGGAGAAGGAGCUGGAGGAGGCACAAAGCCGCAGGGAGGGGCUGUGCCAGGACCUGGAGCAGCUGAAGCAACGUGAGGCAGCACUGGAGGGGGUCUGGCAGCAGGUGCAGGACUCUCUGCGGGCAGCGCGGCUGCACAGGAAGGAGGUGGAGGCCGAAGGUCAGAGGCGUCGGGGGCUCUGCCUGGAGCGGCAGCAGGGCCUGGAGGGGGCGGAGGAACAGCGAGAGCAGCUCCGGCACCUGCGCCGGGAAUGCAGGAAGGAGUUCUGGCAGCAGCUCGAUGCCAUCAUAGACGAGCACAAGCGCCUGCGUGACCUGCACGCCCCGGCCCACCUGGAGGCUGAACUGGUGCAACUGGAGAGCACAAAGGAGAAGCUGCUGAGCCUGGAGCGGUGCCUGAUGGAGAUCGAGGAGCAGGUGGGCCCAGAGGCCCCCGCGGUCACGCGAUUGGAGGAGCAGGAGCAGGAGGAGGCACAGCAGCAGCUGGAGGUGCAGCUGGGCCUGAGGGAUCAGGAGCUGCAGCGACGGGACAGGUGUGUGACCCUACCUGGGACAGGCUGGCAGAGGAGCUGAAGCAGCUGCAGCUGCAGCUCCCUGGGGAGGCUCCGGAGUGACAGGAGAGGAGACAGGAGGGACCCGUGGGACACUUGGGCACCACCUGUGUGGCAACUGUGUGUCACCUGUGAGCCACCUGUGUCACCUGUGUGCCACUUGUGUGUCACCUGUGGCACCUGUGUGGCACCUGUGUUACCAGCGUGUCACCUCUGUGCCACCUGUGUGGCACCCACAGGACACCUGUGUCAGCUGCAUGUUACCUGUGUGUCACCUGUGUGUCACCUGUGUCCCCCUAUGUCCUCGUGUGCCCUCAAUCCCUCCUUGUCCCCGCCAUGUCCCCCAUAUCCCGAUGUCCUUCUAUGUCCCCCCCAUGUCCUCAAUGUCCCCAACAUCCCCCACCAUGUCCCCAAUGUCCCUUCAUGUCUCCCCAUGUCACUAUGUCCCCAUUUCCCCCCAUGUCCCCAAUGCCCCCAUGUGCCCAUGUCCCCCAGUGUCCCCCCAUGUCCCCCCAUGUCCCCCCAUGUCCCCAAUACCCCCCGUGUCCCCCAAUAAACGCCCCUCGCAUCACCGCCGCCUCUCACGUGUCUCUUUGGGGUCCCGCGGGGGGGGGCCCGC